AUGGAAGUAUACGCCCCGGCUCUCGUCCCCGGCGCAGGACCCCCGAGCCCCGUCGCAAAGGAACAACAGCGCCGAGAAGAUGCGGUCAAUCAGUGCAUGCAGGAUAUCUGGGACGCUCUCAUAGAGAUAGAGCCAUCGCAACAUGGACAUGGAUAUAUACCCACUGCCGAGCUCUGGGACUUCGAAUUCCGCUCGCCUGUCCUCCCGUCCUACACUCAGCCCCCUCCACCAUCCUACGAAGAUGCGCUCGCCGACGUCCCGCCGGAAUACUACGAUACACUUCCUCCUCUCGCCGAGCGACGGGUUGCGAAAUGCGACUCGUCGGCUCCACCUAUGCCAGUGUCUAAAUCACGCACUGGGAAGGCGCGGUCGUUUUGGAAUGAUGCGCUCGGGGAUUUCGAUAUCGAUUUUGCGGAGCCCGUUGGUGUGCGCGAGCAUAAGAAGAAAAAACCCGCGGCGAAGAAGGUUGUCCUGGCUGCUGCGCCCGCUGAUACGGGUGGUGGCUCGGAUAAUGCUGGAGGUGACGCGCCCAGUGGCGAUGGAGGUGGUGAUGGAGGUGGUGAUGCAGGAGGUGGCGGUGAUGCAGGUGGUGGUGGUGGUGGUGGAGAUGAUGGCGGCGGUGGUGGUGGUGAUGACGAUUGGAAUGCCUGGGGUACCGCCGGAAGUAAAAAGAAGACCAAGAAGCAGGAAGAGGAGGAGGAGGAGGAGGCGCGCAAGGCAGCUGAAGCUGCCGCUGCGAAUAAUCUCAGCUGGGCUGACGACGCAGAUGGGGGCGGUGGAGAUGACUGGGCUGGAUUCGCAGAAGUCGGAGGGAAAAAGAAGAAGGGCAAGGACGAGGCGCCGGGUGGCUUCCAAGAUGUCGGCCUGAAUGACGAUGCGCCCCAGCUUGACUUGAACUUUGAUACUGGGCCCAAAACCGGAGGGACUGGUUUCAGCUUCGGUGGAUGGGGCAAGGAUUGGAGUACUGGUGGUAAAGGCGAUCCAGGCCUCGGGUCCAUUGGUGAUGCUAAAGGUACAAAUCCCUGGGGAGAUAAUUCUAAGAAAUCAAAGACCCCUGGCGGGUUUGACUUUGGGGAUCUUGGUCCUCCGGGCCCGGCUCCAGUCGCUGAGGCAAAGGAAGACGAUUGGGGUGCCUGGGGUACUGCCACCUCCAAAGACAAGAAGAAAAAGAAAGGACUUCUCGACCCCGAACCAGAACCUGAACCUAUACCUGAACCGGUGGCUGAACCCGAGCCUGAGCCUGAGUCUGAACCUGAAGAGGAACUUCCCCCAGAUCCAACAAUCGAGACUUCGUACCUGGGCCUCUCGAAAAAGGAACAACGGAAGAUCAAAAAGGAGUGGGAAAAGAAGGUGAAGGAUAUCGAAGAAAGGAAUAAGCCGAUCAGGGAAGCAAAGGAAGCCAGGAAAGCAGCCAAAGAGGAAGCAGCCCGGAUGGCCCAGGAAGAAGAGGAAGCUAAGGCUCAAGAAGCCGCCGCUGUUCCCGAGGAUGACUUCUCCUGGGACGUGCCCACGAAAUCCAAGGACAAGAAGAAAAAGAUAGACCUUCUUGCUGACCCCUUGCCAGCGCCAGACCCACCCCCAGCGGACGACGACUGGAUGGGUAGCUGGGGUACUGCUGGUAAGAAGAAGGACAAGAAGUCAAAGGCUGAACCCGAGCCACUAAUUGAGGACCCUCCGCCGGAGCCCGUUCAAAAGGAGGACGACUGGGGGGCCAGCUGGAAUGGCACAACCAAGGAAAAGAAGAAGAAAAAGGGCAAGGAGCCUGAGCCCGAGCCUGAGCCAGAACCCGAGCCUGAACCUGAACCGGAGCCUGAACCAGAGCCGGAACCUGAACCUGAACCGGAGCCUGCACCUGUAGUAUUGGAUGAACCAUUAUAUGAAGGCUGGGCGACCUUGUCCUCGAAGGAACGAAAGAAGCGUGAGAAGAAGCUAACACAGAAGGGACUUGGUAUUCCGGGCAAGGAUGGUUUCCAGCUUCCUAGCGACAAGCCCGCCGAACCAGAACCCGAGCCAGAGCCUAUACCAGAACCCGAGCCUGAGCCUGAACCCGAGCCUGAACCUGAACCGGAGCCCGAACCGGAGCCAGAGCCUGAGAAGCCGGCCGACGACUGGGGUAGCUGGGGUGUGACAGUGAAGAAGGAUAAAAAGAAGAAGAAAGGCAAAGAAAUCGAAGAACCGCCACCACCUGCACCUACCCCUCCUGCACAAGGCCUUACUCCGGAACCCGAUGCCGAUCUCCAAAAUGGCGACGACAUCUGGGCUGAACUUGCUCCGAAGAGUAAAAGCACGAAGAAGAAAGCUCUCGAGCCUCCCAAGGAAGAAAAGCCUGCCGCUAAGGGUUUCUGGGGAAGUUUGAUGGGCAGCUCCGCGAAACCCAAGACACUCAAGAAGGAAGCCACUCCGAAGGAAGAAAUACCAGAGGAAGACCUUCUUAUCGAUGUCGGGGACGAUCCUCAAGAACCUGAGCCGGAACCUGUACCUGAACAAGAACCAGAUCCGGAGCCGGAGCCAGAACCUGCACCACCUGCAGCGCCAGAGCCACCACCCAUGGAGAAGUCGAAAUCCAAGACGAAGACAUCAAGCGCCAAACUUUCCGUGGCCGAGCGUAUAAAAGCCCUCGAACAAGCCAAGAAAGACAAGGCGAAGGAGCUGGGUUCUAAAAGCAAGAAAAAGCCUGAACCCGAACCCGAACCCGAGCCUGAGCCUGAAGUUGUCCCUGAGCUAGAGCCUCCUGUAGAAGAAGAGAAGGAACGCUCUAGUGAUUAUCUUCCUGGCAGCUUCCCCGAUGAACCCGAAGCGCCUCCUGUCGAGCCGGAGCCCGAACCAGCACCUGAGCCUGAGCCUGAGCCGGCUGCUGAGCCGGAACCAGACUUGUCAAAGAUGACCAAAAAGGAGCUGAAGAAGUAUAAGAAGGCCCAGGCUGAUAAAGAGGCUGCUGCUGCUGCCGCCGCUGCCGCCAAACCACCAACUCCGCCCCCUGCUCCGGAGGAACCGCCUGCUCCAGAACCCGAACCUGAACCAGAGGCAGUGCCAGAACCCGAGCCAGAGCCAGCAGAUGAAGGUGCCCCUCCGACACCUCCACCAGAGCCCGUUGAGGAGGUUCCAAAGCCAUCCAAGAAGGACCGCGCGAAGGUUGAGAAAGCGAGUAGUUCAGGCUGGGGCUUCUUUGCAGGUGCUCCGCCACCAAAGAAAUCCAGCAAGAAAGAGAAGAAGGUUCUAGAGGAGGUAGAGCCACCCAAGAAGAAAAAGGAGAAGCCGGUCGAGCCAGAGCCAGAACCUGAGCCGGAACCAGAACCUGAGCCAGAGCCAGAGCCAGAACCUGAACCUGAACCUGAACCAAUUCCAGAGGUUGAAGAUUCUCCUCCCACCAAACCGAAGAAAUCCUCCAAAUCGAAACCUAAGGAAGCCGAUCAAGAGCCGGAGAAGUCAUCUUCUGACCGCGAAAGGCGCAAGGAGCGUGAAGAAAGACGGGCGGAGCGGGAAUCCGCAGAUCGCGAUGCUCGUUCCUCGAAGCAGCAGCGUGCAGCAAAGAUGUCCAGCUUCAUGUUCGGUGGACCUCCGCCGCCGCGAACAAAGUCAUCUCGUAGACCAGACGGUGCUGCUGUGAAGAAACCUUCAUCCAAGUCAGCUUCUAGGCGGGCAUCUGAAGAUGUGGACGAGGGUGCCAUGCCUUCCCUUCCACCUGAAAACAAGCCUGAGGUAUCGGAUAAGGCCGCUAAGCUGAUGGGCAUCAACGCGUCGAAAUCAAAACGGGACCGGCCACGUGCAGAGAGACGGAAGUCAACCCGAGAUCCUUACGCCAUUGAAGAUGACGACUUGGUCAUGGUUGAUAAAGAAGAUGUGGAAGAUCAGUCGCCAAAGGAAGGUUCCAGAGGAUCUGCACCUUCGAAGCGAAAAUCGAAGCGAGAGUCUCGCCCCCGAGGUGACGAUGAAGAUGCCGUCAUGGUCGAUGCCGAACAAGCCCGCGCGGGUCCAGAUGUUCUAUCAGGUCCUGAAGACAUUGCUUUCGUCGAUGCGCCUCCCAAAGAACGUCGCCUUAAACGAUCCAACACGCUUCCUCCCAAGAAACAAGAAUCCGGAGGAAUCAUGGGUCUUUUCGGUUCCUUGAGGAAGAACACCCGCCCCGAAAUGCCCGAUCGUCGCAAAUCCCGCUCAUACCGCGACGAAGAAUCGAAGGGCCUGACUGAGACAGAGCGCGAAGACCGCCGACCACGCAGAGAGGAUCGUCGUCGUCGCCCUGCGAAAGCCGAUACCGAUGCUGAAGGAUUCACAACAGAUGCCGCAGGCGCAGCAGGCGGCGAAACUGAACCCGAAGACGCCGAGGCACACCGAGCAGCACGUCGCGCAAAUCGCACUUCUCGACAAGCGCCCUCCGAAGCAAAACGCUCUUCCCGCCAAGCACCCUCCGAAGCACGCGAAAUGGAAGCACGUGAAGCGGAAGAACGACGCGCCAGACGCAAAGAAAAGGAGCGAGCCCGCGAAGUUCGCGAACAGCAAGCCCGAGAAGAAGAAGAACAGCGCCGCCAAGCUGAAAAGGAAGCACGCCGCGCUGCACGCGAGGAGCGGCGUGCAAAGGAAGAAGAAGCAGCCCGUGAAGCAGAAGCAGCCGCUGCAGCCAAAGCCGCUGAAAGACGCGAGCGUCGUCGCCAGCGUGAAGAGGAGGCCAAGGCCAAGACCCAGAGCCGCCGCCGCUCCCGUGUUGAAGAACCCAUGGACCCAUACGCAGCUGAAGAGCAGGAGAAUGAUCGCCGUCGCGGAUCGCGAACAGAAGAUCCUAAGGCUCGGCGUCGCAAGUCAAAGGCACCGCCUCCGCAAGAACAACACCGUAAUUCCCCAUAUGACAGGUCAGGCGGCAUCAACCACGGCGACACAGGCGGGCCUAAGAAAGACAAAAUCUCAUCCUGGGUCUACUCGCAAGCAGAUGAACCCCCAGAGCCACCGCCAAUCAUGCCCACAGUCCUCGACAUGCCUCCGAACGAAGGCAACGCUGCCUCUCUAUCCUCGGAUGAAGAGGCCCGCCGCGCCGUGCGCCGCCGUGCGAAACGUCGUGCCAGAUACGGCGAUAUCCCCGAUGAAGAGAUUGACGAGAUCCGCUCGCGAAAGAGAGAAGCUCAGGGUCGUGUGAAGAGUUCUUCCGGUAGUGGGGACUACGAGCGUGAUCGUGGAGCACGAUCUCAUGGUAGUCGGCAUGGAGAUCGAGAGCGGGAGCGUGCUGCACCGCCGAAUUCCGGUGGGAAGAAGAGCUGGUUUAAGAAGCUUACUACGUUUUGA